AUGAGACCUCCAUCUGUUGCGAACAAGCAAGAACAACGCCAACAGAGAUCGAUCAGCAGUCUUCUGCACGAGAAGCACAUGCACGAGGAGACACUGAGGUUGAUUGAGGAAUGCCAGAGACGUUGUAGCGGCCGCGGAUCAGUUUUACAGUCAAGAAAAGAACAAGUGUCUGAGUAUCACGCAUGGUCCCAGUUGUUUGAAAACAUGAUGAAAUUGAAAGGGCAAUAUAAGAAAAGAUGUCUUGGGAUUGGAAUCCCAGCGAAGGAGAUGAAACAACUUCUGAGACACAGAGAAGCGAGUCUGAUUAGGGGUAAGGUUCCUGCAACUAUGAAGUCGAUUAGUGGAUUGUCUGUGGAGAGUAGUGGACAAGUUGUUCGUGAGGGAGAUUCUUGCGCUAUUUGCUUGGAGGAGAUUGCGUCGUCUGGGUCGAAAGUCAGUCGCAUGCCUUGUGAUCAUAGAUUUCAUAGUCCAUGUCUUGUAAGGUGGUUGAUGGCUAAUCAUUCUUGCCCAAUCUGUCGCUAUAAGAUGCCUGCAGCAUUACCUAGGUCCUAUAAUUAA